AUGCUUGGUUCUUUGGUUUCAAACAGUAUGGAACAAACCACCAAAAUACUGCUGUCUCUCACUCCUGCUGAAGUUGCUGUUCUCAAGGAAGGAAUCAAUUUUCUAAGAAACAAAACAGAUGGAACAAGUUACAUCUUGUACAAGAAUGCAGAUACACUACGAGCAUGUCGGAACAUGUGCAAACACCAAGGAGGGUUGUUUAUUAAGGAUAUUGAAGAUCUGACAAAAACACAUGUACGCUGCACUAAACAUAAUUGGAAGUUGGAUGUGAGCACAAUGAAAUAUGUAAACCCUCCAGACAGCUUCUGUCAGGAUGAACUAGUUGUUGAACCGGAUGCAGAUAAUGGACUUAUGCUAAUUGAACUGCAUCCUCCAAAUCCAUGGGAUGUAGAACCUAGAAAACCUGAAGAUCUGGCUUUUGGGGAGGUGAUGGUAACUUACCUAACUCAUGCAUGUAUGGACCUCAAACUAGGAGACAAACGAAUGGUAUUCGAUCCAUGGCUAAUUGGUCCUGCCUUUGCACGUGGCUGGUGGUUGCUUCAUGAGCCACCCAGGGACUGGUUAAAAAGGCUUUGCAAUGCAGAUCUUAUCUACAUCAGCCACAUGCAUUCUGAUCAUCUCAGUUACCCUACUUUGAAGAAAAUUGCUGAACGGAAGCCUGACAUUCCCAUUUAUGUGGGAAAGACAGAACGGCCUGUGUUUUGGUACCUUGACCAAAGUGGCAUAAAACUGACUAAUAUUAAUAUUGUUCCAUUUGGAAUUUGGAAACAGGUGGACCAGAAUCUUAGGUUUAUGAUCCUGAUGGAUGGUGUGCAUCCAGAAAUGGAUACUUGCAUAAUUGUUGAAUAUAAAGGACAUAAAAUCCUAAAUACAGUGGACUGCACAAGGCCUAAUGGUGGAAAACUUCCAGGAAAUGUCGACCUUAUGAUGAGUGACUUUGCAGGUGGAGCAUCAGGAUUCCCAAUGACAUUCAGCUGAGGAAAAUAUACUGAGGAAUGGAAAGCACAAUUUAUUAAAACUGAAAGGAAGAAGUUGCUGAAUUACAAGGCCCAGCUGGUUGCUGAUCUGAAGCCAAAAAUCUAUUGUCCUUUUGCAGGAUAUUUUGUUGAAGCUCAUCCUUCUGACAGUUACAUCAAAAACACCAACCUUAAAAAUGACCCAGAUGAGUUGAACAGACUAAUUAAAAAGAAAAGCAAUGGCGUUUCAACAUGGACACCAAAACCUGGAGCCAUACUGGACUUAGCAAGAGUUCUCAGGGAUCCAACUGAUAGUAUGGGAAUUGUGGAUCCUCCAGCAGGGACACACAUCUUCAAAGACUCAUGGGAUUUUACACUGUACUUAAACACACUUGGAUCUGCUGUUGAUCAUGAGAUUUUUCUGUAUCCUUCCUGGGUGAAAGAAUAUUACCUUUGGGCUGGAUUUAAAGGCUAUGAUCUUGUGAUAAGGGUGAUAGAAACGGAUGACGAUUUCAAUCCUUUGCCUGGAGGCUUUAACUAUUUGGUGGAUUUUUUGGACUUAUCAUUUCCUGCAGAAAAACCAAACCGUGAUUUCCCAUAUGAGGAAAUAAAAGCCAGAGUUAAUGUCAUACGGCAUGUGGUGGUGCAUGGAUUACUCUGGGAUGAUCUGUAUAUAGGAUUCCAAACUCGGCUACAGCGUGACCCCGACAUAUACCAUCAUCAGUUUUGGAAUCACUUCCAAAUAAAACUUCCUCUGGUACCACCUGACUGGAAGCAUUUCUUGACACAACAGACAAGAACGUGAAAUAAAAAUGUAGUCACUGUGCAGGCAAUAAUGAGAGUUGCUGAUAGAAACACCUUCUAACAAAUGCAGUUUCCUCUUGGAUCCUCUAUGAGAAAGUGUAAUUAAUAUGUACUCAGACAUAAUUACUGAAUAAUGUUAUUGCCCCCAAAAUAUCUAUGAUCUAUACACAGAGAAGACAGUUUAUUGUUCUCUGUGUGUGCUGAUUAUAAAUAAUCGUAAAUUAUAAUCAUAAAUGACUCUCCUAAGCUGUUAUCAGCUUUUCUUUUAGUACUAUCUGGAAAUACGGGUUUCAGACAUCUUAAAUGUAUGUAUCCAGUAAUACUGUCAAUUGCUGUAUGCCUCUUAUUCUUUGCAAGAUAUUGACA